AUGGACUUCGCGUUUAGACGGGCAAAAAUUGAGAACCCUGUAAAAGCGCAUCAAGAGGAAGAGCUGCCGGCGCCAGAGGCUGAGGAAAAUGACGAAAUUAUUCCUGACGAUGAGCUUAAACGACUGAUUGCCUGUUUGAAAAAUGACUACCCCGUCAUUAGUAGAAAUGCAGCUGCCUAUUUUCACCAUGUCACCUAUCAAAACCCCCGGGUAAAGGAAAGACUGGCCAUCUUCCAUCUCGGUGUGCUACUAGAUAAGUGGCCUCCUGCAAACCAGGACAAAAUGGAAACGCCCAACUCCAAAUGGAUGCGAACGCUCGAGCUCCAGGACUAUAUUUUGCUCUGUAGAGAUCUAGAUGGAAUCCAGCACCUGUCGGACCUUGUGCUGUCGUCUGAUGUGGAGACUAGAUUGCACAGUAUCGGAGCCUUGCGCAAUUUUUCCUACCAGCCAUCUCCGCUGGUUGUUUACAAAUUGCGACAGGCAGCUGUGAUUGCAAAAUUAGUAACAGCGCUCGAGCAGGUUCAAGUGGACGUGUCUCCAAGCAACGGGUUAAACAAGGCAGAGUUGGAAGAUGCCAUCGCGGCAGUGUUGUGCAAUCUCUCGGCACAUGAUAACUUCCGCAAGGAGAUUAUCGACAGCACGAUUCCAAUCCUGAUGAACGCUAUUAUUUUGCCCCACUCCGGCCUGCCUCAGCAGAGGCAAGAAACUGAAGUUUUCUCUGAUGAGCCCAGUGCGGAUUCUGCCCCUGAAGCACCGGCCUUGGUCUUUGCCACCGGAACAGUAAGGAAUGUCCUUACAGAGACAGCCGACUGUCGUCAUCGCUUGAGGGAGACACCAGGUCUGGUGGCAGCCCUGAUAUAUCUCUGCAAAUGCCUCGCUCACGCAGGAGAAUUUGACUCCAGAGUUCUCGAGAACUGUGUUUGCGCCCUGCGCAACUUGAGCUUCGCUCUUCAAGAGGUCCGUGACCCUGCCUAUCUGACACGUCGUGAAGCUGGCUUCUAUGUGGCCGCAACCUGCGUUCCCAACGAAAGGCGCCUGGACUUCCACAGAAAGCCCAAGGCUGGCCUGGUUCUGGAUACAACCAAGGAUACUGCCGACCAGAGUUUACAGGAUCAACCUUCCUAUAUGGAGAUGCCGCCGUCGGCUUCCAGCCUAUUUCAUGGGAGUCAUUUGCUAUGGCAACCGGAAAUCGUUCAAGUCUACCUUUCUGUUCUGCGUGGUUGCAAGAAUCCAUGCACCGUCGAGGCCGUUGCAGGUGCUAUUCAAAAUUUAGCUGCCUGUGAUUGGCGUCCAAGCAUGGAUAUCCGAAGAAGGGUAAGCAGGAAUAACGUUUUCUCCUUUUUUUCCGUUAAACGUACCUAA